CGGGAUAGCGCACGCAUGCGUGUCAGGGCGCGCGCAGCCUCGCCUCCUGCGCUCACGUGGUCUCAUUCGGACCAAUCGGCGGCCAGGAUUCAGCAUCCGUACGAGAGCUUCUGCUGCAGCUCCACUGCGAUGGCGGAGACAAUGAAGCUGAGUGAAAACCACGCAACUCCUAAUGAAUCCAGCAAAUUGUCUAGCUACAGGGACUGCGUGUGUGUGAUGUUGAAGCUGUUGUCAGGCUUCGGGAAAGAGCUCAAAUUAAGUGAUGCUGCUCUGAGAAUAGAAGUCAACAUUGAUGCUCUGGAUCUGCCGUCAUCUCCAGAUGCUCACGUGUACAACUCUUUGCAGCAGCAUGUCACUCAAUUACAGGCUGUGUCAGAAAGCCUAAAGACGCUGGUGGAGGCUCACCGUGUUACAUCAUCUACAAAAGACAACGCAUCAGUUGAUGCUGUGACCUCGUCGUCAGUCAAAGAGCAAACCGCUGCACUGUGCGAACAGCAUCCUCCCAGCCCAGAGGAUGCAGAAAGCGAGACGGGGGCUGAUGAUGUCAUGGUUCAGAUCAGAGCCAGGAAGUCAGAGAUCGAGCGAAGAAUAUCUGCAUUUAUGGAACGCAAACAAAUGGAGAUCAAUGAAAACAAUGUACGCGAAUUUUGCAACGUGAUCGACAGCAAUCAGGAAAACAGCUGUGCCAGAACAGAGGCGGUCUUCACUCCGUAUCCAGGUUUUAAAAGCCACGUGAAAGUUACACGGGUAGUUAACACUUACGGGCCGCAGACACGUAGUGGGGCAGGCCAAGGAGAGGCUGGGGAGCAGCAGAGGGGGCAGAUGGCGAGAGACUGUGGAAAUGCAGCCAUAGAGGAACGGCUUCACAACAUCGAGACUCACCUGAAACUCCCAACAGCUGGCCCAGUUCCAUUGAGUGUCUACCAGAGACUAAAGAAGCUGGAGGAUCGUAUCUUGGAGUUAGAGGGACUCUCACCGGAGUACUUUCAGUCCACGGGUCACCUCCACAAACGACCAAAGACGUCCCCUGCUCAGGCCUGUAGUCUGUCGGAGCUGGAUGAGAAGAUCAGUGCGGUGAAAGCAGCACUGCUGAAGAAGGUGUACCUCGCUUGUUCGGCUCUGUCUCUUGCUCAUAGACUGGAACCUUCUGGGCAACAAGGGGCCACAAUGUGCUGGGAAGGGGAGCACUUGAGCUGCAGCGAUGUGGAUGGACGUUGAGGGGGGUUGCUCAUUGUUCCCCGGGUGCUUUUGUCUCAGACACAGUUCCCUUAUGAGGGUUAAUGAGGACAAAUUGGCCCGAGUGGAACAAAUGAAUUAUGGAGUUGGACAAAAGGUUGUAUUUUGUGGGCUGCGCUUGCUGGGAUCCACCCAUCAUCUGCCCAUUGAGGGGAGCACACUGACUGGCGUCUGCUUGAAGUGGCUCACUAAAUAUCUCAUUAUCUUUAUCCAUGUUUUAUUGCGUGAGCGCAUCAUGCAUGCAGCUUCCUACAAUGAAUUUAACUCAAAUUUAAAGUUUAGAUCAUAAAAAUUGAAUUUGCCAUCUUUUGAAUUGCAUGGCUUAUUUCCUACAAUUAAUGCAAAGGAAAUAAAGUCAAUAUGUCAAAAUGAGUGUCGGUGGUUAGUGCUCUCGGGUUGGGUGGGAAUAGUGUACCCUUUCAUAUGAACAAAGAGCCACUUCCUCAUUGACUCUAUGUAAUUCCGGCCUGUCAAUCAGUCCUCCCUCUGCCUGAUUUCUUGCAGCGUCCUUGGGAACCUCGGGGAAAAGACACAGAGGUGUUCCUUGUCCUCUAUGGGUCCAGUUGUAUUUUUCGGUGAGGUCGAUGGAGAGGAUUCAUAUCCAUUCAUAUCUCACAAACUCUUAAUGGGCUCCAAGCCCUCGCAAAAGAAAGCUCUUUCCUGUGACUAGUCAGCUCCACUCUUUAUUCAUCUGUGGCUCCGUGUCAAAAAAGACUGUUGCUCGUUUGUGGCCUGAACAAUGACGAACAAGGCUAAAUCUCUAGCUGGGAACAAAAGACAGAAAACAGGCUUUUCAGUCUGCAGAACAUUAGAUUCUGACACAUUUUGCCGUGGCAGUUCUCCCCCCCCCAUCUUGAGUGCUGUGGCUCUGGUCUUUUAAAGAGACCACCUGUUGGCAACAAGCCCGUUCUUCAUUACAGACAGGCCUAUUAUCACAGGAUGAGGAGCGCCACAGGCUAACUUUUUUAAGUUAACCCUGCUGCCGUUUCCAAAGCUGGCCGAUUGGGAAACAUAGAUUACGUAUUGCCACUGGGGGGGAAAAAAAAUCUAUUUUUGCUCGUAAUUUUGUGUCAUGUUUUUGAAUAAGGGCUUUAUUCAGUGCAAGAGGGAGGUACUUCAUUCAUGCCCUUGUCAGAUACAAAUGUCACAAACAAAGGGACUUCAAUGUAGGCAGCUUGAUUGUUCUUUAACUAUAUUUGUUGCCAACUUCGUAUUUGAAAGCCCAAAUGUAUUUGCUGUAAAGUU